AUGAAAAUGAAAAAUUUAAUAUAAAAUUUAUUAUAGAUUGAUCAAAAUAAAAGACCAACCAUAGAAUAAAUUUUAUGUAUAUUUUAAUAAUUAGAUAGAAAAUCAAAUAAUCUAAAAUAGAAUUAAAUAAUUAAAUAUUAAAUAGUAACCUAUAACAAAGAUAGCAAUAUAACCAAUAUAAAGUAUGAUAUAUUGUUAAUCUAGAGAAAUAGUAGCAUUAGGUUAUUAUAAAAAAGGAUGAAUACAAAUAAUAAAAAAAGUAAACAAGAGAAGAGUAAACCAAAUUUAUGAAAUAAGAUAUAUAAAAAAAAGUAUUGAUUAUUAUUAAAAUAUUUAGAAAUCUUAAUAGUAAUAGUAGAAGCCUUAAGAAUUAAUUAUUGAAUCAUUUGGUCAACCAAAAAAAUAAGAUUAAUAAUAAAGUGAAAAGAAAAUUGUGAAAAAUAAAGAUAUUCCUGAAAUUUAUUUACCUUUCAUGUCACAAAUAGAAUAAAAGUAAUAAUAAUUGAAUUCUGCUAAAGAAAAAUAAAAUGAAUAAUUAGUCUAAUCAUAACAAUAGAAUUGUAAAAUUAAUAUUCAUUUAAUUAGCUAAAAAAUAAAAUCCACGACUAGGUUAUGAGAGAGCAGAAAAAAUAAGAUCAGCUUUAGAGAAGGAAUUGGGAUUAAAUGAAUUUCUAUCUAUCUAUAACACCUUUAAAAAUUUAAGAGAAAAAAAUUCUCUUGAAGAUAUUGCAAAAUAAUAUGGCCCUUAUUAUACAGAUUUAAUUCCAAAUAUGCAAUAAGAGUUAAUUUAAGCAUUUUUACCAUCUUUAUUUAUCUUACUCGAAUUCGAUUUGGAUGAAUGA